AUGGUAGAGCAAAUACAACAACACCAAUUAGUGAAACGAUACGAUUGUGGUGAUAUUCAACACGUAGAAUGGUUAGAUAAGUUGGCAUUUAGGCAAAUCGAACAGAUUCACACGAAAGUAUCACAAACAUCUACCAAUCUAUCUCUCUAUAUUGAACUGCCAAAAUUUGAUUUCCCUGUUGUUUAUGGUGAUAUGGAAUACAAACUUAUCGAUUCAACAAUGAAUCUUACACUUGAUACCAACGUACAACCUACUCAACAAACUAAUGCUGCUAUUGCAAAUGCUAUGAAUCAACCAAUGUAUACUAGUGAUAAUAUUAAUACAGAUGCACGACGGUUAUCUCAACAUCCAACAGAAUUCAAUAUAGCACAUUACUCGGUAAUUUCUGAUCCUGAUAUUCUUCGUGAUAAUCCUGUGGAAGCAAAACAUCGUCGACUUGUACGUAGUCAUCGCAAUGGACCACUCGAUCGAGAUUUGAAACCUAAUCCCAAAAUCAGAGAUGAAUUAAACUCAAUCAUGGCAUACCCUCCAACUCAAACACUUACUGCUGAAGAAAAGGAUCUGGUAUGGAAAUUCCGAUUCAACCUUACAAAAGAUAAACGGGCGUUGACCAAAUUUUUGAAAUGUGUUGUGUGGAUCGACGCUACAGAAGUAAGGCAAGCUGUGGAUAUAUUACCAAUGUGGGCUGAUAUUGAUGUGGAUGAUGCUUUGGAACUUCUUGGCAAGGAAUUUGAAAAUCGAGCAGUUCGAUCUUACGCAGUGAAUCAACUUCGAAAAGCAGAUGAUGAUGAUUUAUUAUUAUAUCUAUUACAAUUAGUACAAGCUCUCAAAUUUGAACAUUUCAAUGAAAAAGAUGCCAACUCUUAUGAUUCUUCUCUAGUUCAAUUCUUGAUUGAUCGUGCUACUCAAAAUCCAAUUCUUGGAAAUUACUUUCAUUGGUAUCUCAUGGUAGAAUGUGAAGACAAGGUGGUGGGAAAGAUGUAUGCAAAAGUGGCAUAUCACUAUUUUAAGGCAAUAUUAGAGGUACCACAUGGACAUCAACGACGUGAUAUAUUACGACAACAAGGUGAAUUAAUACAAUCUUUAUCACGUCUAUCGAAGGAAAUACGAGACAUGAAAGAUGUGCGAUCGAAAAAGGUGGAAAAAUUACGUGCUGUGAUAGCUGAUCAAAGAAGUACAUUCCAUUCUAUACCAUUACCUCUUGAUCCGACUAAGAUUGUUUGUGGCAUACUUCCUGACAAAUCCAAUAUAUUUAACAGCAAUCUACAACCUUUGCGAUUAAUAUUUACAUGUGAUGAUGGAAGUGAAUACCCUGUCAUAUUCAAGACUGGUGAUGAUUUACGACAAGAUCAAUUGGUGAUUCAAAUCAUUACAUUAAUGGACAAACUUUUACGAAAAGAAAACUUGGAUCUUCGACUAACACCAUAUAAAGUGCUUGCUACUGGACCGGAACAUGGUUUGAUGCAAUUUAUACCCUCGAAAUCACUAGCAGCUGUAUUGGAUGAACAUCAAAACAAUGUCCUUAGUUACUUCCGAUUACAUCAUCCUGAUUCUAGUGCAAAUGGCAUUUACGGUAUCGACAGCAGUGUCAUGGAAACUUAUAUUCGAAGUUGUGCUGGAUAUUGUGUCAUUACAUAUUUGCUUGGUGUGGGUGAUCGCCAUUUAGAUAACUUGUUGCUUUCACCACAUGGUCAUCUCUUCCAUGUAGACUUUGGAUUUAUUCUUGGACGCGACCCAAAACCAUUCCCACCACCGAUGAAAUUAUGUAAGGAAAUGAUUGAAGCCAUGGGUGGUGCAGAUUCUCCUCAUUACAACAAAUUUCGCCAAUUCUGUUACACCGCAUUCACAACUUUACGCCGUAAUGCCAACUUGAUUCUCAACUUGUUUGCCCUGAUGGUAGAUGCGAAUAUUCCUGAUAUUAAGAUUGAACCUGACAAGGCUGUGAUCAAGGUGCAAGAAAAGUUCCGGUUGGAUUUAUCAGAAGAAGCUGCGAUUGCCUAUUUCCAAGGUCUUAUAUCAGAAAGUGUCAAUGCAUUAUUCCCUCAAAUCAUGGAAACUGUACACAAAUGGGCUCAAUACUGGAGGAAAUAG